AAUAAUAAUAAAUAUUUUACUUAUGAUGGAGAAGUUGAUUUAAUUGUGUGAUCUGGAUAUUUAUUAUCUAAAAAGUUACAACUUUCAAAAUAUAAACAGCUGAGAAACAGAAACUUGCUGUUAAAACAAAAAAUUUUAAAUUGUUGUGGAAGUGUAAAACUAACAGUAAUUAGUUUUUAAUAAAAUUAUUAAUUGUUUUUGCUUUUUACUAUGAAAGGAUAAAAUACUGUACAAUAUACAUUUAAUACAUUUUUAAUUUAUUAAUUUCCAAUAACCAUUAAAAUGUGAUUAUUUGUUGUGACAGAUAUUAACGAUUUAUCUUUAACAUGUUUGAACUUGAAGAUUUUGAUUUAGAUGAUGAAGUAUUUCUUAAUACUCAAAUGCCAACAGACAUUAAUAGAUCACCAAUAAUAUCAUCAAAUUCAAAUCCUGUUACUUCAAAUUUUGAAGACGAUGAUGAAAUAUUUCUUAAUGUAUCAAAUUCAGUUUUUGAAUUGGAAUCUUCACAUUCUGAAAAUAUUGAAUUAAAAAUUAAAAAUACAACAAAAGAACAAAAAAAGAAUAAUGAUAUUUUGCAAAAUAUGCUUAAAACCCAAUCCAAACCAGAAAUUACAAAAUCAUUCAAUGAAAGUCAGCCAAAUAAUAUUAAAUUAAAUUUUGAUGAUGAUUUUGAUUCUGACGAUGAAACUUUUUUCAACACAUCCAGUAUAAUAGAAGGUGCUAUGAGUCCAUCAAAGUACAAUGACUGUACAGCUAAAUUUGAUUUAAAUGAUGAUCGUAAUGAGGUUUCAAUUGUCAACUCUGGAAAUUAUCAAUUUAAGUCUUCAGACAUAAAAAAUUCUAAUAAAUUAAAUUGCAAUGGUAAUCUUAAUACAACUAUUACUAGUGUAAAAAUAAUGACUCCAAAAUGUACUUCUAGAAAAUUUCCUGGACCUGCUGGUCUACUUUCAGAAAAUGAAGAACUAUAUUCUGAAGAUCCUUCAAACUUGGAAUCUCUGGACAUGUCAGUUAACGUUAAUGAACACGAUAGCAAAGAAGAAAAUUUGUGCACUCAAGCAAAUGAUUUAUCUUUUUCUUCAUCACCAUACCAACAAUUUCUAUCAGAUUUUUUCACCGUCGAUGUUGAUGCUUUGAUAGAUAAAUUUAAUGUGGCAUGGAUAAAGCAGAAACUUCUUCCCCACACUGCGUCCGGUCGUUUUUUCACAGAUAAAAUACCAUUUUUUGUUUCUGUUUUAAAAGAAAUUGAUUGUUUAUCACCAGAUCCAACAGUUCUACUUGCUGACAAAACAGGAAAUAUCAGAGGAACAAUUCAUAGAGCUGUUUGGAACCAAUUUAGUAGUCAAUUGAAACUAGGGGCUGUUUUAGUAUUAACCAAUGUUGGCGUAUCAUGUCAAAAAAUACUUAAAGGAUUUACACUUAAUAUUACUAGUGAUCAUUUAGUUGCCAUUUACAGUUAUUCUUCUGAGGAUGUUCAAAGAGUAAUUAUUACUCGAACAACAGAUAUGACAAAUUAUGAAAUUGUUAAUAGAGCCAAGCAAUGGAAUGCAUAUAAUGUGGAAGCUUUAAAUAAAAAUUCUAAUUCAGUAAUUAUUAAGAACCAGACCAAUAUGCUUAAUAAUUUAAAAUCACCAAACAUUUUGACCAAUCAUAUUUCUCUACCAUCAAAUACUAACUACCAAAUCACAAAUAAUACUCCUGGCCAAUCAACAACUAUUAAAAAAGUUUUUAAACCAAAAACUCCUGUAGUUCAUAAUCUAUUCAAAAAUGUUCCUAGUAUUUCUAGUAAUUUUCCAGAAGAACCACCAACCAAACGAAGAAGAAAUGAAUUAAAAAAUGAAUAUCAAUGUUCAAAUAACGAUAUUUCUAUUAUUCAAAAUAUUUUUGAAGGAAUCGAUGAAGAUGAAAUGUUUAAUGAUUUUUGUUGUUGAGGUGCUUUUUGAACAGCAAAUCUAUUUUAUUUCAAAGGUGCUUUAAUUUAAUUCAAUUGUAGUUUGUAAUUUUUUUUUUUUUUUAUUUGUAAAUAAAUCUAAUUGUUUGCGAGAACA